UUAAAGGCAUGUUUACUUUCAUAGAUAUCCUUCACAAAAAUAAGUUUUGAUAGUUACAAGUGUAAUACAAGAGUCUACCUUGUCAUCGACAUUGUCAAAGGUGAAAAGGAAUCUCAAAAUCUUCUAGCGAUAAUCCGACAACUUCAAGAAUCAUGAACAGAUUUAUUUCAAGUUUCUCUCGAAGGCAUUUAAAUGGAAAGCUUUUUAGCCAUAACUUACUAAAAUCUUGGACUUAUUCACCUAACAAUCACUUACGUUGCAGCUCCACUUUGUCACUGAAGUAUGCAGUUUUUGAACCAAAGCAAAAGACACAAUUUAUAGAUGACACAAAAACUCCUAAGAAAAAGGAAAUGGAUCAUUCAAAUCCUUCUUUAACUGUUCAAAACCUAAUUUUGCGUGAUGCACAAACACCCACUUCUGAUGCUGCACAGGCUAUUUCACGAUGGAAGCAGCGACUGGAAGACCUAAAUGAGAAUUUUGAGAAAACUUUAACAGAAAUUGAACAAACAAAUAAAACCAUGGAAAAUACAGAACAUUUUGGGGACAUGGCUGAUCUGGAUGCUGUUGAAAGUAUCUCAUUUUUAAAAGACUUUAAAACUAGUUUAAUUGUAAAGCCUAGCCCACUUUUGGGUACGGAAGAUAGAGAUGUACCAACUAGCGAGGAGCCCUGUGUAGGUUGUGGAGCUACAUUGCAAUGUCAGCAUAGGACUUUUCCAGGCUUCUUGCCUAGUGAGUAUUUCAAAGUUUUAACUGCAGAAGAAAUGAAAAGUACUCUGUGCCAAAGAUGUUAUUAUAUACAAAACUGUGAUGCCUUUCAGGAGGUUUCCACCAACCCUAAAGAAUUUUCACAGUUAAUUUCAAAUAUCAAAUCAACACGUUCUAUUGUGGUUUUGGUUGUUGAUGUCAUGGAUAUUCAGGGGAGUAUCAUUCCAAACCUAAUGGAUUAUAUUGGAAAAAAUCAUCCUGUGAUUAUUGUUGGUAAUAAGGCUGACCUCCUGUGUCCAGACUCAACUGAUUAUUUGAAAAAUGUGUCAACAGCUCUCAAGAAUCAAUGUUACAGGGCAGGAAUUAGGAACAUGAAGAAGUGUGUACUGAUAAGUGCCAAGACUGGAUUUGGCAUAGAGAGAUUGAUUACAACAUUAUUCACUUUUUAUAAACAAAAAGUGGACAUUUACAUUGUUGGCUCUGCUAAUGCGGGCAAGUCUUCUUUGUUCAACACAUUGUUAGCAUCAGAUUAUUGUAAGCAUACAGCCAGAGAUCUUAUCCAGAGAGCAACAAUUUCACCUUGGCCUGGUACAACUCUCAAUUUGCUGAAGUUUCCUAUAAUGAGACCCUCAUCACGAACUAGCACUCUCAGAGUUUUGCGACUAAAGCAGAAGCAGGCUCAAAAAUUAUUAGAAAAACAAGAAAAAAUUCUAAAGUUAAAAAGAAAAGAAAAUGAUCUAACAUGGGAACUGAAAGAGGAAGUUGAAGUAACAGAUGUUCGUACAGCUGGACAGUUUCAAGCAGAUGAAGUUGGAACAUCGUGGGGUCAAGAGAUUGGUGGAUACAUACAAAAAGGCAGCGGCAUGAUUGAAAUUAACAAAGGCCCUGAGAAGAGUGCACCUUUUAAUUCCAAGGAUUAUCAUGAGAGCUAUUGGACUUAUGAUACGCCAGGUCUUGUCAACCCAACUCAGGUUAUGAAUCUCUUAACAUCAGAGGAAGCUCCAUUCAUAGCUCCCAAGACAAUGCUAGUUCCACAAUGUGUUCUGCUUAAUCCUGGGGACAGCUUAUUUGUAUCAGGCUUAGCAAGACUAGAUUACUUAGAGGGCAAUGAUACUGUUGUAUUUACAGUGCAUUGUGGACCUCAGUUGCCUAUUGUUGUAAUGCCUUCACUGGAAGCAGACCAGUUUUAUAUUGAUUCUGUGGGAACAGAAAAGUUGGGAUUACCAUUAGGCAGCAAAGAACGCAUACUGAGAUUGCCGUCUUUAUGUGGAAAGGAAUUCACAGUGAAAGGAAUGAAACCAAAUAUUGCUUCAUCUGAUAUUCAAAUGUCUUCUAUAGGCUGGAUCUCUGUGGCUCCUCAAGUAGACCAGGAAGUCAAACUGAGAGCGUAUACACCAGGUGGUGUAGGUAUGCACCAGCGCAAUCCAGCACUACUUCCUAACUACACAGUGUACAGGGGGAAAAGAAUUUCUGGAACACCAUUUCUGGCCACGAAACCUCCUGGUUGGAUUAUGGCUAAUGAAGUUGGAGAGUUGUUAGAAAGUUGACCAUUUUAACUCAAUACUUUGCUUAAUAUUUACUGUUGGAUAAAGGAAAUGACUUGACAAAGAGUCACUAGGUUUUACCUGAGAAUGAGAUGCAGUGUGUUACCUGUAAAAGAGAUGCAGAGUUCCUCCUAACACAAGACACAAUGUUACUUUCUCAUUUUCUUUCAGCUGCAUGCAAAGAGAGCAAAAGCUGCUUGUGUAAUUUGAUUUAAGAAACAUUAAAGAAAAUAAAACAGUAUCCAAAGUAUAA